CUUCCACGUCGACCCUGCACCCUCGCCAUAUUAUCAACGUUGUGGAUAUCGCAGUUCUCUCUGUGCCCCAAGUUACCAGGAGAGGCUUUACCACGCUGCCGGAACUGUGUACAAUCCAUUUUGGAGAAAGAAAUAACAUCUUCGUAAUCUUUCUGGCUGUGUCUGUGACAUAAUUCUGCAGAAAUGAACGUUUUCAGGUUGACAGGAGAUCUCUCUCAUCUGGCUGCUAUCAUCAUCCUGCUCCUCAAAAUAUGGAAAAGCAGGUCGUGUGCAGGGAUCUCUGGAAAGAGUCAAAUUCUGUUUUCACUGGUGUUUACGACACGCUACCUGGAUCUGCUCACCUCAUUUAUCUCGCUGUAUAACACAUGCAUGAAGGUGAUCUACAUUGGCUGUGCGUAUGCCACGGUCUACCUGAUCUACAUGAAGUUCAGGGCCACCUACGAUGGCAACCAUGACAGUUUCAGGGUGGAGUUCCUGAUCGUUCCUGUUGGGGGUCUUUCUGUUCUAAUCAACCAUGACUUCUCUCCCUUAGAGAUCCUUUGGACGUUCUCCAUUUACCUGGAGUCAGUGGCGAUCCUGCCCCAGCUCUUCAUGAUCAGCAAGACCGGCGAGGCAGAGACCAUCACCACCCACUACCUGUUCUGCCUGGGCCUGUACCGCGCCCUCUACCUAUUCAACUGGAUCUGGCGUUACUACUUUGAGGGCUUCUUUGACAUGAUCGCCAUUGUGGCCGGUGUGGUUCAGACUGUCCUUUACUGCGACUUCUUCUACCUUUACGUUACCAAAGUGUUGAAAGGCAAGAAGCUGAGCCUGCCGGCGUAACGGCGAACGCGAGGAGACGGCGACUCCCAGCGGCCUCAGGGGGUGCAGAGAUGACAUCGUGAAUCUUAUGACCUUGUAGUAACAGAUGUCUGAAACAGAGAGCCAACUAUCAGGAGGGAGAAACACACUAGUCUCGUUGAAGAUUUGCUGAUGGAACUGGUAAAUGCCAACAACACACGAGCUGAACAAAGACCAUCCCAGAGCAAUUAUUGGAUUUCUGUGUUCAGCAUCUUGCCUUAAGAUUCUUUUCAUUGAUGUUUAAAAUAGGAGAAUUUGUUUUGUUUUCUAUGUAUGGGGUGUAUUCGCUUCCUUUCUUUCAUUUUUUUAUCGUUAUUUUUUUUGUCAUGAAAGUGGUCGACUGAACAGUACCUUGUUUGACUUGGUGAGGAAAUGCACAACAUGUACAGUCUUAUUAAUGAGUGAGACAAGAGUAAUGUGUCCCAGUGCCCGGCUAGGACCGUGUCCAUUUCCUCUCAGUAUUUUCUUUUUCACACUUUACCACGAUUUGGCUCUGUAAUUGUAUGAAUAUACUAGAAUAUGUAACUUUUUGAGGCCAAAAUCUAUUUUGUUUUGUAAAAAAUUUUGCAUCCUUCAAAACCUAAAAUAUUUUAACUGAUUAUGUUGAAACUUUGUUUGUUUUUUUUAAGAGAAACUCAAAGUAAUUUUGAAUUCAAGAAAUAAUUUAUACUUUGCAAACAUUUUGGCACAUUGGCGUUUUUAAAUGGUGCUUGUCUCAUUUGAAAAUCACAUUAAUGUGUUUACUGAUCUUUUUCCCUCUUUGAUGUAUGUUUAGUAAAAUCUAAAACUGCCGCUUUAUCGUAGAUCUCUGAAUUAGUCACAUCUUUGCUGCAGACCGAGCUCAGGUUGUGGUUCUUAUGUGCAGUAAUGUGCUCAUGAGCAGCGGUGGUGACCUGUAGGUUGAACCUGGCUCUGGGGGAGGAAAUGUUCUCGUUUGGUUUGUUUGUGCAUUUUAGAUGCCAGCUAGUGGUCUGCAUCACGAUCGCUGAGAUGGUGUUCGUUUCUAUAAAUUGUAAAAGGCCUUGCCAAUUUUUUUCUAAAUGGGCAUUUCUAAAAGAUUAUUCAGAAAAAGUUUUCCUUUCCUUCCUUCUUUUGUUGCAUGAUAUCAAUUCCAUUAAAGAUUUUAUGAUAAUCA